AUGGCUUCCCGCCCUGCACCCACCCCCUCGCACUUUUCAAGUUCGGUAUAUCUGGGGGAUCUUUCUCAACUCUUUCAAGAAAUCGAUGCUAUAGAAAAUGGGCCUACACCAUCCACCACAACCAAUACCAAUACCAAUAUCAUCAACGAGGACUCGCACCAUAUGACUACAACCUCUUCUUUUCCAACUCUCCCCUCUGAAACACCCACGUAUAACGAGUAUCGUCCGCAGCUUACCAAUAUGAUACCAUCAGCACCACCACAACCACCACAACCUUCUUCUUCUUCUUCUCAACCACAGCAUCAUCCACCUUUCUUGUACGAUAACUAUACCACAACGACUCCAGAAAACGAUCUAGUGGAUCCACAUGUAGGAUCCAUGCAAAUGCAAUAUUCAACCUUGGAUUUUUCACCUCAUCUUUAUCUAUACAACCCUGAAAACACAGCAUCCAUGGCAUCAACACAACAUGUUCCUCCUCCACAACCAGAUCCACUACCAUCAUUACCAACGACUAUGACAUCACCGACCACGAUUCAAUACGAUGAUACAUCGAUAGCAGCGACGACGCCACAAUACAAUGACACCACAACAUACAAUACACAAGGUCGAUCUAUUACUUUUGCUACAGCUGCCACAAGCAAUGGAUACUUGUUACAACAAACGGAUGCCCUACAAGCAUGGAGAUCUCAGCAAGCAUCAAUGACUAGCUUGAGCAGAAAAACCAGUCGAAGCAGCAUGGGUGGCGGUGGUGGUCCUUUAAGCAGAAGCAACAGCCGUAGUAGUAAUGGGCGUUAUCAAUAUCGUAGUCGUACUAGUUCCUCAUCUGGAAGUGCGAUCACGCUUUAUUCCAACAGCGAGACCCAUCAAUGCAUCGUACCUGGUUGUAACAAGACGUUUUCACGUAAAAGGGAUAUUUGGCGACACUUUUUCUUUGUGCACAAGGGAAUGCCUUUUAUGCACAUGGGUGCUGCUAUUAUGUCAGGUUGGCAAUUCACUUGUGAGAAAUGUGGCAAGGAUUAUUCAAGGAAGGAUUCACUUAAGCGACAUCAACAAAAGAAGCAUCCUGAAUUGUUUGGUUCUUCCUCCACCUCCUCUUCCUCCUCCAAGAAUAAGAAAUAA